AGCACUUCGAAACGAUGUCAUUUUGUGCAUACGAGGUCAAUUUUGUAUCCGUAAUGUUUUUUGUUGCGUAUAAAACAAUGCAAACUAUGCGUCAAGCUGGGAGUUACGAUCUCUCAACCAGUUUGUUUUUACGCCUCACAAUCUCGCUGUUGGAAGCAAAAGAGAAAAUAUAGCAAGAACAAAGAAAAAUUUCCCUUUUUAAUUUGCAUCCGUUUUGUCCACAUCAUUUACUGGGAAACACCAACAAACAUGGAAAGAAAACAACCUCGAACUGAGUUUGACGCCGAUGAAGCUUUGCUGCGUAUUUUGGAAGAGUCUGAUAUAGAUGACGAGAAUUUUGAUGAAAGUGAUAGUCUAAUGUCUGAAGUAGAGCAAGAUUCAGGUAUGGAAGUUCAAAAAUGUAUUCAAAAAUUUUGAUGCUUGAUAAAAAUCUUGAAUGUCAUUUUCAAAUUUAGAGUCGGAGGAAGAUUUCUCAUUGGCCGAUGUUCCUUCGACAUCAACGAGCGUGCCGCAGUGUAAGCGGUCAAGGUGGCGUCAAAGACCUGAGUUGCAGUUGGCUGACGUCUCUUCACCCGGCGAGAACGCCUCUGCAGUCAGAAUACGAGUGGCAAAAAGUUCCACCACAAAGAACUAUACGCCAGUUCGGUGAGGCGCCUGGUGUCAGCAUUCAGAAUAUGUCAGCCACUCCAUCUCCGCUAGAUUGUUUUAUUCAAUUUUUUACGGUUCAAGUCAUCAAUUUUAUAGUGGAGAUGACAAACCUGAAUGCCCAAAAAAAGCUUCAAGUCACCAGCGCUCACCGUGCCACUCGCCAACUUCCUCCACUGAAGUUUGAGCCAUCGACCUUCGAACAGAUGAAGGCAUUUUUGGGCCUUACGAUCGCAAUGGGAAUUGUGAAACUGCCAGUUAUCGCCAUGUAUUGGCAAGAGAAACACUGGAUAUUCGAAGUCCCGUCAUUCAGCAAGAUCAUGCCGAGGGAUCGAUAUCAUGAUCUACUGAAAUUCCUACAUUUCUGCAAUGAAGAUUAUGCUCCGUCACGAGACAACCCGGCAAGAGAUAAACUCUGCAAAAUAAGACCUCCCUUGAAUUUACUCGAAACGAGGAUGCUAACAGUUUACACGCCUAGACGUGAAAUAUCGAUUGACGAGUUUCUAAUCUCGUUCAAAGGACAAAUUGGAUUCCGCCAAUUUAUUCUUUCCAAAAGGGCUCGUUUUGGAAUGAAAGUGUGGGUAUUGGCGGAAUCCAAAACAGGUUAUAUUUCCUGUAUACAGUUGUAUACGGGUAAAAGCGCUGGAGCGGCGCCGGAGGCGGGCCAAGCUACUCGAGUGGUGAAAGAUCUGAUAACAUCAUUCGAAUACCAGAACUAUCACCUCUAUGUCAAUAAUUUUUAUUCUAGUCCCGACCUGUUCGCUUCGUUAUUAGGGCAGGGCGUAUAUGCCUGUGGGACUAUAAGACCAAAUCUAAAAGCGUUUCCGAAAGACCUUAUCAUAAAAUCAAUCGCCAAAAUUCAAAGGGGUUUUACCGACUGGCGAGUAUCCGGGAAGCUACUUGCCCAGUCUUGGGUGGACAAUAAAGCGAUUUAUUUUCUAUCCACAAUUCAUGGCCCUGAAUAUCCCGAAUCAUACAAAGGUUCAAAGUCUGUAAAAAGAAGAGGUGGGCGCUGCACGGCGUCCGCGGGUGUAGAUGUCACAUGCCCUUGAUGUGUAGAUGUCACCACUCCUUGUCGAUUACAACACCCAUAUGGGCGGGGUUGAUCUUUCCGACCAGAUGCGUAAAUACCAUAAUAUGGCCCGCAAGUCCAAAGCGUGGUACAGAUGUGUGUUUUCCUACCUACUUGCAGUAUGUAUACAUAACGCAAGAGUUGUGUGCGAAUCCGCAUCUGGUCGGAGAUGGAACGGGGUGAAAUUCAGACAAAACCUUGUGGACGAGAUAGUCGGUAGCUUCAGAGGAAGCAGAAGACCUUCCCGUAGGUCAGCGGAAUCCGCGGCAACCACUCGAUUACAGGCCGGGUAUCAUUUAGCCAGGUAUGUUGGUCCACCAAAAGUCUGUGCUGUCUGUACUAAGCGAAACCAAGUGGCCCCAAUUGAACAUAAAGUAAAACUGGUGUCGCAGAUGACAACAAUUGCGGAGUACAUUUGUGUAUGGGUAAUAGCAGAACUUGUUCUGAAGAAUACCACAAGAAAGUAGAGUAUUGACGGUGAAUGAUUCCUGUUGUUUUUGUAUAUAUUGUAGUUUUGGUGUAAAUAUUCGUUCCUAGUCGUCAUGUUUUGUAUGUGUGUGUGAUAUAUAAAUAUAUAUAUAUAUAUAAAUAUACAAGGAAUUUGUGUUUACUUGGCAAUGAAAUACCUUUGAACGAGCAAGCGAUCGAUCUUUGUCACACAAAGCAAACGUAAGAUUUCCAGACGGUAUACGCAAUGAUAGGUCAGCUGCGCAAUUGACAAGCGCUCAUAUAAUCUUCGUUAUAUCUAGUUUGGUUGUGCGUAGGAAUACAAGUUUGGAAUUGUCUGGAAGAUGACGUGUUGCUUGUUCACGAGAGUAUUCUCUAUCUCUUUUAUCUAACGUGUGCUUACCACAGUAUGGAGAGUAAGAAAACUUUUUCUCAAAAUUUUUUGAAAAUUCUCUCUUACAACAGGCAUACGGAAUUGAGAUUAUAGUGACGCGUAUAGCGCGAGGAUUGGUGAAAAGCCGCGAAAACUAGCCUUCCAUUGGUUCAUAGGAAAAGUUCCUGGCACUUUUGGUUAACUAUUUAUUACAUAUUAUAAAAGGGGUAUAAAAAGUCCCUUUGGACCAGCGAAAAAAAAGUUGAGCAAAAUUUUGUCUUCAGAGUAUGGGAGUUAUAAAAUACAGCUUUAGCUUUGACUCCCCGCCCUCACCUAUAUUUCGGUACCGAUACUCAUCCUUCUUGUUUUUUAUAUAUUUGAAUAUUGCUGUAUUAUUAUUGAUUAUAUCAAUAUUUUUAAUAAAUAUUAAAAUGGUAUUCAUUAUAUUCGACAAACUUUGUGUAUGCUUCUUCCGUAACAUUAAA